AUGGCAGAUCAUUUUCCACAACAUUUGAUUGCCAAUGUGCUUCUGAGGCUGCCAUUUAAUUCUCUGCUUCGAUUCAGAUGCGUAUCGAAAUCAUGGCGCGAUUUGAUCGUCAGCCCAUAUUUCACCAAACUGCAUUCCAAAACAUCCCACAUCGAAACCAGAAUUAUCUCCGUGAAAGGAAGUACAUUUUAUUCCUUGGAUUCAGUUCCAGCAAUUGCCAAACAACUUAACAGCCCGGCCUUGGAGUUUCCGGCCCGCGAGUAUCAAUUAGCGGGAUCUUGUAAUGGGAUCAUUUGUUUGUGGAAUUCAGAGGCAGAUGAUCUUGUUUUGUGGAACCCCUGGAUUGAUAAGUUCUCAGCAUUGCCUUUUCCGCCAUAUGAAUUUCCCUCGAGUUACAGAGGUUGUUGUUUAGGUACAGGGUUCGGGUACGAUUACAUUGAUGACGACUACAAAGUGGUAAAAUGGCAUACAUUCAGUGAUUUCUCUGAUCAUCUGAAUAAUUUACCAAGUUCUGAUCGCUAUGAACUCUGUGUUUAUAGCUUGAAACAGAACUCCUGGAAGAGAAUAAAGGAUGCCAUACCAUUCCAGAUGCCAGAUGAAUUCAAUUUUUUCUUUCCUCAUGAGUCAAUGAUUGUGCUUUUGCUAAUGGUGCAUUGCACUGGUUUGUAUCCGAUAAUCCGCAAUACGCCAACGAGUUCAUCGUGGGCUUUGAUCUUGGAAGCGAGGAAUUUCGGAAGAUUUCCUACGAUCCAAGCCAAAUAA